AUGAGCAGCACGAACGCGUCGACGCCGCGGGUUGGGUCCCCGCUGUUGGUGGGCAGCCGGAGCAUCAUCGAGUAUGAAUGGGCGAAUGCUGGCAAGCCGCACAACUUCAUCUGCUCGAGGUGCCGCAAACCGGGAAACCUGCUCGACUGCGCGACCUGUUGUCGCGCGUAUCACGUGGCCUGCCUGCCAGCACCGCCAGGCGAGGAAGGCGCGGGCUCGUGGUCGUGCCCUCCGUGCCAGCAGCGUCAGGAAGCAUCUCGUCUUGUCUCGCCAGCAGCAGACCAGCUCUCGUGCGAGCACGCAAAGCAGUUUCUCUCCAGGCACGGCCACUACUCUGCAGGCGACGAGGCCUUCUCCCCCGAUUUCCUGCUUCAAUUGCAGCAGUUGAUCGUCCAGGCCGACCUUCAGUCCCAGACAGCUCGGGAAUUGGAGCAGCUGCGAAAUGAGAAUCGACAGCUCCAGGAGGAGAACCAGCGGCUGAAGACUGGCCAACGACCACCUCCGAUUCAUGAUAGUUCUACUUAUGACCGACUACGAAGCCCACCUGUUUUUCAUGGACAUGGCUCUGAAGCAGUGGAAGCCCAGAGAUUGGAUGCUGCCGAGAAAUCUUGGGAUCGCAUCAUUAGCGAUGCCUUUUAA